AUGGGGUUCAGUGAAUUAUUUAAAUCAGAUAAAAGAAUUCGAAAGUUUUCAAGAAAUGACAUUAAACUACAAGCCCUAGGCAAUGGAAUAUCAGGCUAUGUAGAAUUAUUCCAAUCAAAAUCCGAUCCAGACUUCUAUUAUGCUGUAAAGACAUAUCAUUGUAAAGAAAUAUAUGAAUCCAAGACUGAAUAUCGAGAUAGAGUCCUUUGUGAAUAUAAUAUAUUAUCUAAAUUAGAUCAUCCCAAUAUUAUUAAAGUAUUUAAAUAUGAUGUUUCAUUCAGUGGGACUACUGUUAAAUUCUAUAUGAAUGCCGGUACUUCAAAUCUAUCCCAAUUAAUAAAACUGAUUCCAGAACAUAAAUAUAACAUCCAAGAAAUGAUAUGUAUAUGGAGACAAUUAUGUGAAGGGGUCAACUAUCUUCAUCAUAAAGACAUAUGUCAUCGGGAUUUAAAAUUAGAAAAUCUUGUAUUUGAUAUCCAACAUUCAACCCUUAAAAUUAUUGACUUUGCAACUGCUGAACAAAUCACCAAGACAAAACCUUAUUCUGUUGGGAUUGUGGGGUCGGAAUUAUAUUUAGCUCCUGAAACUUAUUCAUCUAUAAAAUAUAAUGGAAAGAAAGCCGAUAUUUGGUCAGUUGGGAUUAUAUUAUAUUAUUUAAUUAAUCGAAAAUAUCCUUGGAAAUCGGCCAGAUGGUCAGAUCCAACAUAUACGGCAUUCAAACAAGAAAAUAAAGUUCAUCUGGUGGAACAAAUUAAAGACGGCUUCCCAGAUCCUGAAUUUAAUGAUUCUGGAUUGGAGAUUGGGAAAGCUUCUGUGUUACGAUAUUUACCUUUCACGGCUUAUGAAUUAACGAGUCAAAUAUUUGAACUGGAUCCUGAAAAAAGAAUCGAUAUUGGAGAGUUUUAUAAGUAUGAAUGGUUUAAUGAUAUUAAGUAUUGUCAUGAUAAUGAGACUUGUGGUAUUAAUCAUGAACAGUUGCAUAGAGAAGUUAAACAGAUUAAGUCCAUAUAG